AUGUCGUGGGACGACGAAGACUUUGACGUUUCAACCAAAACAGCACCAGUUGCUUCUUGGGAAGAGGAGGCUGAAGAUGAGCCCGUGAUGGAGUCAUGGGAGGUAGAUGAAGAAGAGGAGGCUAAGAAGAAGAAGGCAGCUGAAGACAAGAAGAAAGCAGAGUUGAAGAAGAAACAGGAGGAGGCCAAGGCCAAGAAGUUGAAUGCUGGUGAGAAGAAACUCAUGGAGAUUGACAUGGUCGACGAAAAGACAAGAAAAGAAUUGUUGAGGAAAGCUGAAUUGGAGGCCGAUUUGAACAAUGCCGCUGACUUGUUUGGUGGUUUGGGUGUUGCCAAUGACAAACUUGACGAGUUGACAGCACACCCUAAGGAGAGAGCUGCAGCAGCAGCUGCUGCCAAACAGAAGCCCGCUUUGACCAAAGACACGCCAUUGGAGCAGCAUCCAUUGUUUCAGCCAUCAAACAAGCAGGAAUUUGAGAAGCUCAGGAAGACAUUGGCUCCUAUCUUGACAAAUUUGGCUAAGGACUCGCUGUUACUUUAUUCCUCGAACUUGGCGAUUGACUUGAUUAGAGACCUUGUGGGACCCUUGUCUGUGGAGAGCACGAGGAAAGUGAUCUCAACACUCAAUGUCUCCCUUAAAGACAAGGAGAGACAGGAAAGACAAGCCAGAUUGCAGAAGGCUGGUGGUACUGCCACUGGAGGUGCUGGUAAAAAGAAGGCCAAGCCUUUGGUGAAGACCAAUGUCAACGAUUCGCACUUCAAGAAGGAUGCCCUAGAUGACUUGGAUGCAAACUAUGACGAAUUUGGCGACGACGACUUCAUGUAA